CAUUUUGCGUUCUUCACAGGGAUGGAUUCUAGCUCAGACUAGUUCAGCCUUGCUGGAUCUUCAGAGAAUAACGUCCGUCACCCUAGACGAAUCUUCCCUCUAUAUGACGUUCCUCAGCGUUGGGUUCGUUGUUGGUUCAUUCAUGUAUGGAGUUGUCUGCAACCAUGUCGACAAAUAUAUCGUACAGUUUCUCGCCCUGACGCUCGCCGCUAUUGUUCUGGCCGCCAUUCCUUGGUGUCGCAUCCACGUCGCCAUGGUAACUGGUCACGCCAUCGUUGGGUUCUGUAACGGAAUCAUAGAUUCAGUGGUAAAUGCAGAGAUGCUAGCCGUCUGGGGAAAUGGUGGACGAAGUUUCAUGCAGGCAAUGUAUUUCAGCGACUCGAUUGGUGGAGUUAUCUCCCCUAUUGUGACAGCCCAGUUUUUGUCCUUCCGGAAACUAUAUCAGCAUAAUAUGCCGGAUCACUCAACUGCCAAUGAUGGAAACAAUGCCACUUUAAUAACAAUGCCUACUACUGAUUUGUAUAUCGAACAUACCAAUACUCUCAACAAAAGUGGAACCUUUUUAUUUAACGUCACUGAACGUGACUUGCAUAUGCCUAUAUCUUUCUAUCAUUCAUCUCAGCUAUAUAUUGCGUAUAUAAUAUCGGCCUGUGUUUGUAUAUUUGUUGCAAUGGCCUUCCUGCUUAUGUUCUUCACUUUCAAUCGUGACAUUUACUCUGAUAGAGCUGUAACGGAAAUGACGUCAUCGAAAAAUAUUUCAAAAUAUAGAAAGAUAAUUAUCCUUAUCAACAUGGGUUUAAUGGCUUGCAUAUACACCGCAAUAGAANAUGGCUGUCAGUAG